AUGAUUCGCAAACAAGCCCGUCAGAGGCGCGACUACCUCUACCGGCGCGCCAUGCUGCUGCGCGAUGCCGAGAUCAGCGAGAAGAGGGCCAAGCUGAGAGCCUCCCUGGCCACUGGCAAGUCGCUCGACCCGACCAUCGCAAACGACAAGGAGCUCCGCAAGGACUAUGCCUACGACGAGUCGCGCGACAAGACCACCGCCGAGGAGCUCGACCUGGACGACGAGUACUCGCAGCUGUCUGGCGUCGUCGACCCGAGAGUCCUGGUCACGACCAGUAGAGAUCCCUCGGCUCGACUGGCUGCCUUUGCCAAGGAGAUCAGAUUGCUGCUGCCCACCGCCGUCCGCCUCAACCGUGGAAACCUGAUCCUCCCCGACCUGAUCAGGUCCGCUCAGUCUGCCGGCCUGUCCGACGUUAUCCUGCUGCACGAGCACCGUGGAACGCCCACCGCCCUGACCCUGAGCCACUUCCCUCACGGGCCUACCAUCAGCUUCUCGCUGCACAAUGUCGUCCUGCGCCACGAUAUCCCCAACUCCAUCCGCGGCACCGUCUCCGAGUCGUAUCCCCACCUCAUCUUCGACGGCUUCACCUCCAAGCUGGGUCUGAGAAUCGUCAAGAUCCUGAAGCACAUCUUCCCGCCCCGGGACCCGCUCACGAGCAAGACCAAGCUCGGCAGCCGCAUAGUGACUUUCAAGAAUAUUGACGACACCAUCGAGGUCCGCCACCACGUCUUUGUCCGUACCGGUCACCAGAGCGUCGAACUCUCCGAGGUCGGCCCACGCAUGUCCAUGCGUGUGUUUGAGAUUCGCAGCGGAACGCUGGAAAACAAGGACGGCGACGUCGAAUGGCACCUCAACCAGUACACCAGAACUAGCCGCAAGAAGGAUUACUUAUAA